GAAGCCCGACUCAUCAAUUCACAUUGUUCCCCCCUUUCCGUGUGAUCCUUUCACAUUCCCUCAAAAAAAUUUCUCUCCCCCAAAUUCCGCCAUUGGAACCACGAAGACCCGCGAGAGCUCCUCAGACCCACUUCGCAGCAGCAAAAAAUGGUAGGAUGCGAGAUGUACAUAGAGAAAGAAGAGCGGCGGUGGGUGGAAACCCUACUCAACAGCGAGUUCUUCGGCGGCUGCGGUACUCACAGGGAGCUGCGGAAGAACGAGAGGAACGUCUUCUGUUUGGAUUGCAACGCCGGGUUCUGCAGGCAUUGUUUGAAAUCCCAUUCCUGCUUCCACCGCCAUCUCCAGAUUUGCAAGUACGUUUAUCAGGACGUGGUUCGCCUCCUCGAUAUUCAGAAGCACUUCGACUGUUCUCGAAUCCAGACUUACAAGAUAAACGGGGAGAAGGCGGUGCAUCUGAAUCCUCGGCCGGUGCAGAAAGAUGCAAAGCCAUCAACCAAGGCCAAAUUUGGAGCAGCUUGUGUCGUUUGUCGAAGAUACCUACAGGACUUGCCCAAUCGUUACUGCUCCAUUGCCUGUAAGGUGUCAGCAGCAGGUUCAUCCUGCAUACUAGAAGCCAAAACGGAACCGUCGUUGCUGGAGGACGGAGUUCCCAUAACGCCGUACAAGGAAACAAGCAAUAACGAAAACGAGGAAGGGUCGGCAUUAACGGAAACAAUAUGGGAGGCAGAUGGUGACGAGGAAGAAACUGGAGAAGAAGAAGAAAGGGGGACGGAAUGGUUGACGGUGUCACCGUGUUCGACGGCGAAAAGUUUUAGGAAACCGUCGCAUCAGAGAAAAGGCAUACCUCGUCGAGCUCCUUUUUUUUAAUUGAGAAGAAAAAAAGUAAUUCACUAUUACCACAUAUAUAGGUUUAUACUUUCACAUUAUCUCUUUUUGCCCCACUUUUAUACAAAAUUUAUUACU